AUGUCUCGCGACUACGCAGCUGCAAUCUCAGCUCUCAACUCGCUGCAAUCUAAUUUCGCGAUAGUCAAGGAAUUCAACAAGCCUGAAAAUAGACAUGCGCUCAACCUUCGGUCACUCCCCGAGACUGUCGAGCUGCUACGUCGUAUAGGGUACAAGCCCUCUGACUUGAAUCGCCUGAAUCCGAUCCACGUCGCCGGUACGAAAGGCAAAGGCUCGACUUCUAGCUUCAUCUCCUCCAUUCUCUAUCAAUACACGCCUUCGCAAUGUUCUUCACCGAUCCUCAACAAAGUCGGUCUCUAUACUUCCCCGCACUUGCGAUUUGCGCGCGAGCGAAUCAGGAUCAACAAUGAGCCUAUCUCUGAGGAGCAAUUUGCUCGCUACUUCUUUGAAGUAUGGGAUCGUCUUGAAGACGCUGCCCGCGCCGCCGGAGAGGACCCAAGCAACCUACAAACGAAGCCUCAGUAUUUCCGGUAUCUAACGCUGAUGGCUUUUCACACCUAUCUGAGUGAAGGCGUGGACGCAGCCAUUAUCGAGUGUGGCAUUGGUGGAGAAUAUGAUUGUACCAACGUCCUCGAACAGCCAGCCGCAACGGCGAUUACGAGUUUAGGGAUCGACCAUGUGGCUCUUCUGGGGAAUACAAUUGAAGAAAUCGCAUGGCAUAAAGGUGGUAUUAUCAAGACAGGCACUAAAGCUUUCAGCGCGCCACAGCCACCAAGUGCAGAGAAGGUCCUCCGUGACCGUGCCGUGGACAAGAACACUGAGCUGGAAUUUGUGCCCGGCCACCCUGAUUUGAAGCAGGAUGGUGAUAUCAAACUCGGGUUAGCCGGUGACUUUCAGUACGGCAACGCUGCACUUGCUGUUGCCACUGCUGGGGAGCUCCUUAGGAAGGUCCGGAAACAGGACAUUGCCGCGGAUCUCAUGCAGCAGCCCCUGCCCGCGGAGUUCCGCAAAGGGCUGGAAGAGGCACAGCUGGAGGGGAGAUGUCAGACAAGGCAUGAGAAGCACGUUAGCUGGUAUAUCGACGGAGGCCACACCCAAGAAAGUAUCAAGCUAGCCGGCCAGUGGUUCGCGUCUCAGAUCCAGGCAGACUCUUCGUCCCAGGCUUCAGCGGCGAAAAAGUUGCGGGUACUGAUUUUUAACCAGCAGACUCGCGAUAGCAACGCGCUAGCCCAAGCUCUCCACGAGACUCUCCAGACUGCCCUUGGCUCUGGGUCUCCAUUUACCCAUGCCAUAUUCUGCACGAAUGUCACCUACAAAGAAGCCGGGUAUCGGCCAGAUCUUGUCAGCAUGAACCAAGAUGGCGCUGCAAUUGAGAAGUUGCAGGUUCAAAAGGGACUCGCCGAGAAAUGGAAUAGCAUCGACCCUUCUGCGGAGGUCAAGGUCUUUGCCACUAUUGAAGAAGCCGUCGACUUCACCCGUGAGCUUGCUUCUAGAGAGGAAAGCCGUAUCGAGGGCGACGAGGCUCCAAUCAUGGCCUUUGUGACGGGCAGUCUACAUCUCGUCGGCGGUUUCCUUGAUGUGAUCGAAACGAAGCCAUACUCCAAGAAGCCAUGA